UCCGGCCCGGCUCCCGGCGGCCUCCGGCGCCCGUGACGCCACGUCCGGCGUGUCCCGGCGAGCGGAGCGGCGGCGGCCGCGGCCGAGAAGGCCCUAAGGAUGUCAGACGGGAUCAUGAGCAAAGCGGCCACCAUGGAGAUCCCCAUCAGCAGCAAUGGGGACACAGGCAGCCUGCCCGAGGACGACGGCCUGGAGCAGGACCUGCAGCAGGUGAUGGUGUCAGGGCCCAACCUCAAUGAGACCAGCAUCGUGUCGGGCGGCUACGGGGGCACAGCCGAGGGCAUCAUCCCCACCAGCACCAUGAAAGGCUGUCUUGUCCAGCCUCACGCAGCCCGAGGAGCAUCCAGCGUGUGCCCCAGUGCAGCCGCUGCCCGCAGGAUGGCCGACCCCGAGCAGGCUGCAGGCUCGGGGCUGCACCAGGCGCAUCCCAGCCCCGCGGGUGGAGGGGAGGAGAUCGUGCGUGGCAUCGCUGUGGAGAAGUUUGACAUUGUCAAGAAGUGGGGGAUCAACACGUACAAGUGCACGAAGCAGCUCAUCUCGGAGCGGUUCGGCCGCGGCUCCCGCACGGUGGACCUGGAGCUGGAGACGCAGAUCGAGCUGCUGCGGGAGACCAAGCGCAAGUACGAGAGCGUCCUGCAGCUGGCGCGGGCCCUCACCUCCCACUUCUACAGCCUGGUGCAGACGCAGCACGCGCUGGGGGACGCCUUCGCCGACCUCAGCCAGAAGUCACCAGAGCUACAGGAGGAGUUUGGGUAUAACGCGGAGACGCAGAAGCUGCUCUGCAAGAACGGGGAGACCCUGCUGGGCGCCGUCAACUUCUUCGUGUCCAGCAUCAACACACUGGUCAACAAGACCAUGGAGGACACGCUCAUGACGGUCAAGCAGUAUGAGACAGCCAGGCUGGAGUACGACGCGUACCGCACGGACCUGGAGGAGCUGAGCAUGGGCCCGCGGGAUGCCGGCACCUUGAGCCGCCUGGAUGCAGCCCAGAGCCACUUCCAGAGCCACAAGGACAAGUACGAGAAGCUGCGGGCGGAUGUGGCCAUCAAGCUCAAGUUCCUGGAGGAGAACAAGGUGAAGGUGAUGCACAAGCAGCUCCUGCUCUUCCACAACGCCAUCUCCGCCUACUUCGCGGGCAACCAGCAGCAGCUGGAGCAGACGCUCAGGCAGUUCAACAUCAAGCUCAAGCCCCCGGGCGCAGAGAAGCCGUCGUGGCUGGAGGAGCAGUGAGCACGGACACAGAUCGGGACGGGGCCCCAGGAGCCGCCGUGACCCCAGCCCAGGGACCCCCCCGGCCCAGGGACCCCCCCGCCGCGGCCGGGACACCCCAGAACCCCUCGGUCCCCCCUGCCCGGCGCAGGCGCGUCAGGGUCCAGGGAGGGGUGGUGCUGGGGGGCUCCAGGAUCACCCCGUGCUCCCCUGGAUGAGCCCUGUGAGCCCCAGGCCAGGCCCCUGCGUCCCCCCCAGCCUGUAGGGUGCCCCUGACCUCCCCCCGGGCACUGGUGGCUGCUCUGGGGGCACCCGGGCUCUGAAGGACCCACAGAAACAUGCGUGUCCCCUUGUCACAGGACACACGCACACAUCCCCUCAGCAGAACACACUGACACGCGUCUGUCCCCUCCCGCAGAACA